AUGUGUUGGCCAUCACUUGAAAAUGUGAGUUUGAGUGGGGAGUCCUUAAACAGCUCAGAGGCCUUAAAGGAAACAAAGGAGAGAGAGGACCGUUCGGUGAUAAAGGAUCUGAAGGGAGUCGAGGCCUACCCGGCCCCAGAGGACCGCCAGGCAAUAAAGGAUUGCGUUUAUGAUAAAUGCGAACUAAACGUAAACCUAUUUAUUGAUGAAAAUAACAGACAAUACAUUAUAUUCUGUAUUCAAUACAUUGCCAAACAAUACCCAAACCACUCGUGUGAACCGGGUCUCGAUGGCCGAGAAGGUCUCCCGGGAGAGCCCGGAUUAGACGGAACUCCUGGAAGGGAUGGCAAGAAUGGACAGGACGGUGUGUCAGGACUCCCUGGCAUUCCCGGAAAAGCUGGGCCCAGAGGUAAACGAGGACCGCCAGGAGUUAACGGCGUUAACGGAAUACCAGGAAUACAGGCGUGGAAACACCACAACUCAAGCUUAUUAAUCGCGCCACAAAUUGGAGAUCUGUCUGAAAUGCAACAGACGAUUGUCGUGAAGGAGAAUGAAAACGUACGGCUCAAGUGUACGGCCAGUGGCUCUCCUAAGCCGGACAUCACUUGGCGUCGCGACGAUAACAAAGCCAUAUCUUUGGGCUCCGUUACCCACACAAUGAUUGCUGGGAAUAGAGUUAACAUUACGCGCAUCAGUAGAGAGCACUCCGGAGUGUAUGUGUGUAUCGCCACGAAUGGUGUCCCUCCCUCUUCCUUCAAGAAAUUCAAUGUUGAAGUGACGUUUCCACCUCUGGUCAAGAUAGCGACCCCUAACCAGAUGGUGGGCACAAAUAACGGUAGUUUCACAAUACUGGAGUGUUAUGUCGAAGCCUUCCCUCCGCCACUGAGUUACUGGCAAUUCGGAGAUAAGAUUAUUGAAGGGAACUGGAAGUAUAAGUUGGAUCAACAGGAGUUGUCUGCCUUUACGUUCAAAUUGAUUCUCAAUAUAACUUAUAUCGAGUCAAAUGACUACGGAAUGUAUAAAUGCAUUGCAAAGAAUGAGAGGGGUAAAACUCACGGAGUUUUUACUGUCUUUGAAAUUGAUCCGCGAUUACCGAAAAAGCCUAUAGAUGAGCCCUCGUAUGUAAUAUAUGGAGAGGUGCCUUUACCACCAGUUGAAGCUCCAGAGUGUAGUCCGUGUCCGGAAUGCAAUCAAAUAGUCCAAAGGCAAUGCAAAAGCAAUGGUAGGCCUAAAAUAGGUUCCGUGAGUUUGGCCACACAUUACAACAAUACUUCGUGGAAAUCAUUGUCUAAACGCACAAAUCAUUGUCUGUUGAGUCAGAUCGGGAAACCUGUGUUUUACAGGGACUCGGACUCUGAGUGGGGCUGUUGGAUGAAAGACCCGAUGCCUCUGAAGCCGGGAGACGAACAUAAAUACUGGUUGACCACCAAAGAUGAUAAGAAAUUGUUGAGUGAAUUCAGUAACAAAGAGUUGUUUAGGAAUAAAGAGAUUUCUCGAAAUUAUAGUCUUUUAUACAAGUUUUCGGGUAAUUCUCAGGCAAUAUAUUCCGGUUCAUUCUACUAUAGCGAAGAGGGAACCAAUAAAUUAGUUAUUUUCAAUUUAUACACAAACGACUCGUCAUAUCUGAAUGUGAUGGACGGCACCAGGAGGUUGUCCAACCAGUUCUUAUACACCACUCAAUACAACUAUAUGGACAUUUCGACCGACGAGAACGGACUGUGGGUUAUAUUUCCCACAAAUUACACAAACAAUACAAUGGUUAUGAAGUUCAAUGGCACACAAGUGGAGUACAUCUGGAAUCUAACCAUUGAUCACAAGACUGUGGGAGAAAUGUUCAUUAUAUGCGGUGUUCUCUAUGGAGUGGAAAGUGUUUCCGAGAGAAAUACCAAAAUAGAGUUCGCAUACGAUUUGUAUCGAAACCAACAAAUUGAGGUUUCCAUUGAUUUCACGAACCCUUUCAGUCAAACAAACUUCAUAUCAUAUAAUCCUAAGUACCAGAAGCUGUACACUUGGGAUAAAGGGAAUCAAUUAGAGUACCCAGUACGUUUUAAUGAGUCCAUUGAUAUCAAUAANAUAAGACAACCGACUCUAAUGUCAACUAAAAUUUUUUUACACAAAUUUUAUAAAAUU